GUUUUAGAUAAUUCUUCAUAGAAUGGAUGUUUGUCAUACCAAGAUCGGAUUAAAGCUUCUAAACAAGUAUCUAAAAAAAGAAAGCCCUCCUGAUUCACUUAGCUCUCAUAGCAACCUCUCCCAACUGUCCUCUACUACGCAACCCCAUUCAAAACUCAGAACGCUGGAAAAGGAUGUCCUUAACAAUACAGAAGAGAUAAAUUUCCUCAAGCAGAAAUACUUGACUCUCAGUGCUUAUGAGCUCAAUCUACACAAAUAAAAUCAGGUCGGUGGCUCGAAGAGAAAAGUUAUGGGAAAUCAGAAUCAUGAAAGAAAAUCUCAAAAUUUCACUGGAAAAAUUAAGGAUUGAGGAACUUAAAGGCAAAUAUAUGGAAGUCCUUGAUAGGAUUAGGGCUAUCAGGAGUCAGAUAGAAACAGGCCAGAGAA